AUGAGUAAAGCCGUUCUGCCAGAUAAGCCUCGAGCGGCCCCCAUCUUCAAAGCUCCUGCCACACCUGCGCCUUUGAACCCAAUCCCCUCAUCGUCGCCUGCCUUCGCAACACCCGCGCAUCCUAUUAGACCUUUCAAUCCCGCUGCAAUUCCUCAAAAAGCUAGCAUACUUCCGAUUCUGCUUCCUCCAGCAACUCUACGACCGCUUGCCUUCCGAACUUUUACCAAGAAACACAGCCUAACGCUUACUUCUUCAGCUUUACAAGUGCUAGCCACAUUUAUUGGGAGGCAUUGCGGGACAGAAUGGCGAGAAGAGGGCUUAGCGGAGAAGGUGCUGGAGGAGGUUGCUAAGAGCUGGAAGAAUCGGAAUGGAGGAGUGAUUGUUCAAGGAGAAGAUUCUGGAUUGAAGGAUAUCCUGAAGAAUCUAGAAGGGAGUAUGAGUGGUGGGAGAAUUGUCGCAUCCAGAGAACUUAGUCGGCAGAACAGUCUUGUUUUGGGCUCUUCACAAAACGGCGAAGUCUCGCAUACAAGAUUGGGGUUCAGACCGGGUGGAUUGUCAGGAUUGGGAAGGGAAGAUAGCCAGUUGAGUCUAGGGCUGUCGAGUUUAGACGUCGAGGAAGAUGAGGACGAUGAAGGUCUUAAGGAUUCGAGGAAAUGGUUAAAAGUUAUUGAUGCUUUCGAGCAGCCUCGACUUGUGUACAAUGCUGGGAAGAAGCACUUUGAUAGAGAUACAUCAAAGCCAUCAUUACUUCCGCAGCCUGCACACAAAACCCAAGUCUUCCGCAACCGAUACAAUUUAAUCCACCAACGUCUCCUCCGCAAUGAAUCUUUCCAAACUCCAACCUUCGAAACCUUAAAGGCUUCCCUCAAACGCUCAUCAUCAACCCUAGCAACUACCCAGCAAUCCUAUAAACUAACCCCCAUUGCCAACCUCCUCGGCCGAAACGGAAGCAGUCACAUGCUCCUUGGCCUCCUAACCAUCGCUCCAACCGGGACAUUAGCCAUCAAUGAUCUUACAGGAAGUAUAGCUCUAGACCUCACUCAUGCGAAAGCUAUUCCCGAAGAUGGAGCCUGGUUUGCGCCCGGAAUGAUCGUCCUCGUAGACGGGACUUAUGAAGAGGAAAACAGCAACAUGGGCUCAGGGCUCGGCGGUAGUGGAGGAAUUGGAGGGACCAUCGGCGGAAAGUUCAUCGGUUUCUUCGUCGGCGGUCCCCCGUGCGAAAGGAGGCAAUUAACUCUUGGACUCGGUGGUAAAAAUGGCGAAGGGGAUGUUACAGCCGGAGGCGGAUUUGGCUGGGUAGAUUUCCUAGGUGUUGGAAGUGAGCGAGCUGUAGGAUCUAAGAUGCGGAAAAUUGAACAGCGAUUAAUCAGAAAUCCACAUGGAGAAGAGACCGAAGGAGGACGAGGCCGAAUGGUGGUUAUAGGAGAAGUGAACCUAGAUCAACCACGCACGCUUCAAGCUCUGAAGAAACUGCUGGGUCUGUAUGCAGCAGAGCCAGAAGAAGACACGCCCAUGACGUUCAUACUCAUGGGCAACUUCGUCAAGCACGCCGUCAUGGCACGUGGAGGCAGUGGUGGGAGUAUAGAGUACAAGGAGUAUUUCGACGCUCUAGCGCUGACAUUGUCGGAAUAUCCAACUCUCCUUCAAUCUGCAACAUUCAUAUUCGUCCCCGGCGACAACGAUGGGUGGGCAUCUUCUUUCUCUGCCGGCGCUGCGACAGCUUUACCUAGAAAAGGAGUCCCAGAAAUGUUUACAUCACGCAUAAAACGUGCUUUUGCGACCGCUAAUGCGGAGGCUGACAAGGGAAAGGGAAAGAAGUCGGACGGAGAAGCGAUAUGGACGAGUAAUCCAUCUCGACUUUCACUCUUCGGUCCUACGCACGAAAUCGUGCUGUUCAGAGAUAGCAUGACCGGUCGUCUGAGGCGGACAGCGAUCAAAUUUGCGUCUUCGAAACCCGAGACGGAAGAAAACGGGGAAGGAGAUAUCGAGAUGCCAGAGCCAACUCUAGAGCCAGAGCAGUCUAUGGAUAUCGACAGCGAGGUCCGAGAAGCUGAAUCACAAGUCCCGGAACCCGAGACAGCUGCAGCAGAGGCAGUGUCUAGCGAUCUCCAUGUUGCGAGGAAGUUGGUAAAGACAGUCCUAGAUCAGGGGUAUUUGUCGCCGUUCGGCAUGUCCGUGCGGCCUGUAUUAUGGGACUACACAUCCGCGCUGCAAGUAUAUCCGUUGCCUACAGCCAUGGUGCUAGCUGAUACCGAGGCACCCGCAUUCUGUGUGACUUAUGAGGGAUGCCACGUUAUGAAUCCCGGGAGCGUGGUGGCGCCUGGACGGAGAGGCGUCGCGAGGUGGGUGGAAUAUGAUGUUCGUGGGAAGGUUGGGAAGGUUAGGGAAGUUAUGUUCUAA